AUGAGUGAAUACAAAGAGAGAACUCCACGAUUCCAAUUCAGUGGAGAACCUGAAGACUACAAUACCUUUGGAUUGAAGUACGUAGCAAGAGCUAGCGUCAAAAGAUUCGACGGAGUGAUCACUGGAGAAGUGACUCUACGAACCAAACCAGAGAUGGAUGCUGAAACUGACGCAGCAAAGAUUAAGGAAGACGAGGAGAUCAGCGAGAUGAACAUCAAAGCCUUCAGUGACUCGAUGAUCAGCAUGAAUACUGACACGGCAGAAGGAAAGGUUGCUUUCAAUUUGGUAGCCGGAAGCAGAGACAAAGUCAACUACCCAAAAGGAAACGCGAAAGAAGCAUGGGACAAGUUGAAGGAUGAGUAUGAGCCAAAGACGAUCACCUCGUACAUCAAGAUGAAGAGCAAGCUAAACAAGUGUCACCUUGAGAAGUUUGCUAAUCCAGCUUCGUGGAUCACCGAACUCAGCAAGAUUUGUGUCCGUUUGGAAGAGAUGAAGCACCCAGUAAGUGAAGAGGACCAAUUCAUUCACAUCAUUGGAAGUUUGCCUUUGAAGUACAGACAAGAGCAAAAGGACUUCGAGAAAAUGAUGAAAGCGAACACACUCACCAUUAAGUACAUCAAGGAAGAACUGAAUUCUGCACACGAGGACUUCGCCAAUGCAACAGAAGGUGAUGACGACGACGAAGACAAAGAAGACAAAGAUGUCGCUUUGGUAACUGGUCAAUUCAAAGGCAACUGCAACAACUGUGGAAAGUAUGGACACAAGAAGCUAACUUGCCCUGAACUAACACAAGCGACACGACAAGGAGGCGAAAGGAAGCAGAACAACGGUGGCAGACAUCGAUACAAUGGAGGUGGACGAGGAGCUUUCCUUGGAACCUGUUUCCACUGUGGUAUCAGAGGCCACAAGAAGCAUGAAUGCAGAAGAAACCCAGAGAACCGAAACAACGGCACCACUGGCAACAAUGGUAACAACAACAACAGCAACAACAACGAUGAUGAUGACGACGAUGUUGCUGAGGUAAUGCUGAUGGCAACAGAGACACUUAUUGCCCCAGCGGAGCCAACACAGAAAAAGAACUUUUGGUUCGAGUGGAAUGAAGAAUGCGAAGAGAGUGAUUGUGAAGAUGAAGAAGUAGAUGAUGAAGUGAUCGUGCAUACUAUCGUGGAAGAUCCAAACGACAAAGUUCACGAGCACGGAAAUUUCCUUCACGAUGAUUUCUUUGAUAAUUUUAUGGCGAACUUCGGACAAAAUGAUUGCGACGCGAAAAACGACGAGACAUUCCACGCGACAAAGCCUACAAGUGAAUACGCUUUUGUCACAGAAGAGAUUGAGAUCAAACGCUAUUCUGAUGUUGACGGAUCUGGUACAUACGAUUCAGAUGGGGACGAGAUCCCACAACUAGUGGAACGGACGAUGAAGGCUAAGCACUACGCAUCAGACGAAUGGGACCAUAAUAACGGAAUGCACGAAUACAACUCAGACUCAGACGACUCUGACGAUGAUGACAUUCCACCACCUUUGGUCAGCAGACAUGGUAUUGUCCAUGGACAUGAUGAGGUAUGA